AUGGCCGCCCUCAAGUCCGGGGGGGACCCUCCCCGCCCCCAAUCCCUCCUCAGCACCACCCUCGCCCUCCUCACCAGCCACUGGCCCACCAUCCUCCUCCUCACCCUCCUCCUGCGCGCCCUCACCAAACGCUACGUCUCACCCCUGCGCAAAUACCCGGGCCCCGUCCUCGCCUCGUUCACCCGCCUCUGGAAGGUGUGGUCGACCGCGUCCGGCCACACCCACCUGGACCACAUCGCGCUGCACCGGCGGCACGGUAGCGUGGUGCGCAUCGCCCCCGGCGAGGUCUCCGUCUCGUCGCCCGAGGCGGCGCGCACGCUGCUGAGCGCGGGCCGCCGCUUCUUCAAGACGCCGUUUUAUGGUGUGUUUCCGCCGCCGGAGAACCCGGAUAUCUUUACAGAGACGCGCGAGGAUGUGCAUGCGGCCAAGAAGAGGGUGGCCAAUGUGCCGUAUGGCAUGGCGGCGAUGCAGCAGCUGGGGCCGUUUAUUGAUGAUACGGUCGAGUUGUUGGUGAGGAGGAUUGGGGAGCAUGUUGAUGCGGCGAAGGGGGUGUUUGAUUUGGGGGAUUAUUUGCAUUACUUUGCGUUUGAUGUGCUCGGGGAGGUGGCGUUUAGCAGGGGGUUUGGGUUCCUGGCCGAGGGGCGGGAUGUGGAUGGGGCGAUCAAGACGAUCGAUAACUCGCAGGUGUAUAACGGCAUUGUUGGGCAGGUGCCGGAGCUGGAUUACCUGCUGCGGAGGAACCCGCUGUGGCGGUUCGUGCCGUGGUUGAGCACCAAGAAUGCGCUGAUUACGCGGAUGGCGCUGGAGGAGAUGGCGCGCCGCCAGCCGUUUGAUAAGGACCAUGGGGGGUUGUUGAGGAGUGGCGAUGGUAGGCAGGACUUGAUGGCCAGUCUGAUCCAGGGGCAUCUCAAGGACCCGGAGCGGUUUAGGGAGGGGGAUGUCUUUGCUGUUGCGCAUGGCGCCAUCUUCGCCGGCUCCGACUCGACCGCCUCCACGAUGCAGUCCUUCUUCUGGCACAUCCUCGACGCCAAACCCAUCUACCACGCCGUGCUGCGCGAGAUCGAGCACGCCGUCGAAACGGGCAUCUUGCCCACCGAAGGCAACGUGAACUGGGCCCAGGCGCAGAACCUACCCUACCUGCAGGCCUGUCUUAAGGAGGCCAUGCGCGUGCGGCCGGCCGUCGGGCUCAACAUCACCCGCGUCGCGCCGCCCGAGGGUGCCGAGCUCGACGGCCACUUCUUCCCUGGUGGUACCACCAUCGCCUGCAAUGGGUGGGUGUUGCACCGGGAUAAGGAGGUCUUUGGGCGGGAUGCGGACGACUUUAGGCCGGAGCGGUGGCUGGAGGAUGAGGAGAGGGCGAAGCGGAUGGAGCGGUAUAUGUUCCAGUUUGGUGGUGGAAGCCAUCUGUGCAUUGGCCGGAAUCUGGCUCUCCUCGAGAUCAACAAGCUCGUACCGCGAUUGCUGCGCGACUAUCGCUUUGAGCUCGCACAUCCGGGGCGGCCGCUUAAGGCGAACGCGUCCUUUUUUGUGGUCCAGUCUGGGCUGGAGGUGCAUAUGAGGAGAGCUUAA